GUGAAUAUAUCGAUUUCGAAGGACAGUCCCGAAAAGCUGUUACCACGUAUUGGAAAAAUAAAUCUUCCUCACAACAUGUUAAAUCGACCAAUGCUGCUUUCAACGAACCUAUAGUACUUGAUACUAUCAACCAAAAUCGACCUACAGUUGAUAGUUCAUCUAAUAAGACCCUUGCUAGUAAUGCUAGUAAUGAUAAUUCUAUAUUAUCAUCACUAGAUGCACAAUUGGAAACAGAAACUGUCGAUCUAUGUCUUAAUACAAUAAGACAAUUUCUCCAUCUUGUCCAGGAAGGGUAUACAAAGAUGGAGGCAAGUAGCCUUCUGGCUAAGAGUUUAGGUAAAGGCCCAUGGCAUGCGCGGUGUAUUCGUGCCUGGGCAAAUCAAUGGAAGAAUUGCAAAGAAUUAAUGAAGUCAAAACGUGUCAUUCCAAAAUUUAUAAGCUACGUCAGUAGUAUUAUGCCUACUUUUGGAGUCACAAAUAUAACCAUUAGUAGGUCAACUGCGUGCAGAUGGCUAAAAUUGCUUGGAUGGAAAUACCAAACCUAUUCAAAAAAUAUUUAUUUUGACGGUCACGAACGUGAAGAUGUGGUAGAAUACCGAAGCUAUUUUUUGCAAGAGAUGGCUAAGUUACGAACCCGAAUGACCAUAUAUGAAGGUGAAAACUUAGACCAUAUUAUCUUGCCAAACCUUUUUCCUGGUGAGUCUGAAAUCGUUCCUGUUACCCAUGAUGAGACCAUCCUUUAUGCAAAUGAUGGUAUGAAUAAGUAUUGGAGCCCAAUAGAUGAAUAUAGCCUACGAAAAAAAUCACAAGGUCUCAGUAUUCACGUUAGUGAUUUUUACUGUGAAUCUAUCGGGCGUCUCAAACUUUCAGAAUACGAAAGUUCUAUAAAUGAGUUGCUUUCUGAUUACAUGCGUCUUAAAUAUACCCAAGCAUGUGUUACUAUCCAUCCAGGUAUAAAUCGUGAUGGGUGGUGGAAAAGUGACCAUUUAGUUGAUCAGGUAGUUAAACAUGCCAUACCAAUAUUUGAACGAACACACCCUGACAAGAUAGCUCUAUUCAUGUUUGAUAAUAGUAGCAAUCAUGGUUCAUUUGCUAAAGAUGCCCUUUUGGUCUCACAAAUGGGCAUGGGUGACGGUACAAAAAAACCACUUCUUCAUAAUGGUGUGAAAUCUGAUAGUACCGAGCAUAUAAUGACCUAUGUAGAUACGAAUGGUGAAGUAAGACCUAAGGGGAUUAAACGGGUUCUUGAAGAACGAAAUUUAUGGAUACCAGGCCUUAUAAAAAAGUCUCAACCCGAUUUUGCAGCACAAAAAUCACGCAUACGAGAAGUAAUUGAAGCAGCUGGCCAUAUGUGCAUCUUUUACCCUAAGUUUCAUUGUGAACUUAAUUACAUUGAGUCUGUUUGGGCUGAGGUAAAAUGUUAUGCAAGACUUAAUUGUAAUUAUACUUUCAAGGGCCUCAAAAAAACUGUUCCAAGAGCAUUAGAUUCUGUUGAUUUAAUAAAGGUUCGCCGUUUUGCUCGCCAUUCUGCACACUUUAUGAGUGCCUAUGAACUUGGACUUACUGGAAAAGCUGCCGUCUUUGCAGUAAGAAAAUAUCAUUCUCAUCGUCGAGUUCCGGAAAAGAGUUCCAUGUCACAGCAAGAUCUAGAAGAUACUGCAGUACUUUCGGAUAGGAAAUCUCUUUCUAAAGUUUUUUCUACAUUACAUCUUUCUCCUCCUCCUCUACUUUUUGGACUUCUCCUUUUUGGAGUGUCUUGUGAAUUUUUUCCUCCUUGCGGAGCCUUCUCUUCGUGGAGCCCUCUUCUCCCCUCUCCAUGUGGAGCCCUCUCCACGUGGAGAGAUCGUGGCCCAUGUUGUUACAUUGCUGAGCAGACAGUUCUUAUUUCCAGAAAUAUCGAAAAUAUAAGCGCCAAAAAAAUUCAUGAGUGGCUUUCUGGUGCUUCCUCAUUCCCAUAUGGCCAUGUGCAUUUUGGAAGUCGUGAAGAGGCUGGGGAUUUCUUUUGGUCCAUGGCAAACAAGGAAAUACCAGAUGGACCUCUUGGUAAAACUGUUGAAUUCACUAAAGCAAAGUAUUAUAAAAAUUCUUCGCAAGGAGAGGGCUUCAUCACUUAUAUUCAUAGAGAGAACAGUGAUAAUCUUUUAAUUGAAUUAGUAAUGCAAUUAAAAAAUCGUGUCGAAAAGUUAGAAGGGGAAAUUAGAGAAAUUAAAAAAAGAAAAACCCAAUCAGUUUUUUCU